AUGUCUUUCAAUUUUGCUAAUUUGACAAAAGAUCUCAAGAGUUUUGGGGAAAAGAUCAGUACUGACUUUGGACUGGAAAUUGUCCCCUUCGCCCAAAGAACCACUCGUUUGGUUCAGGAAAAGAUGGGAAACGUUUCUGCUAGUGAAAUCAGUCAGUUACCUACAGAAUAUUUGGAAUUAGCCCAAAAAUGUAACAAUCUUGAUAAGUUGUACAAGAAUGUCCUUAAAGUUACUCUGAAUUAUGGAAAUGAAAGUUACGAUUACCCAACCAAUUUACAAGAACAAAUGAAUGAGUUGAGUAAGAAUAUUACUGUUAAAGCAAAGAAUUUGAGUAAAGCUACCACUCCAGCUGAAGCUCAAGCAGCCAUUGUAAAUGAUUCUGGUAUCAAGCCUCCAAAAACUUUUUACCAUGCUUUGUCGAGGGCCACUGAUCCAGCCAUUUUAGAUGAAAACGUGCAUUCUCCAUUACCUACUGAUGAUCCAUUUAUUAAGGGUAUCAAGGGUUAUUCUGAUACCAUAAAGAAGAUUGCAAAUGCAAGAUUAGGUCAAGAUCAAUUGAUUGUUGAUAAAUUUAACAAACCAUUACUGGCUACUUUAAGACAAUCAAUUCAACAAAGCAAUGCAAUUCAAAAAAGAGUAGAGCAAAAAAGAAUUGAUUAUGAUUUGGCUAGACUUGCCUUGUCAUCAUGUAACAACAGUACCAAGGAACCAGCAUUGAGAGUUGCCAUGGAAAAUGCAGAAGACGAAUUUGCUGCUACUGUGGAAGAUGCUAUUAACGUGAUGCAAAAUGUAUUGAAUAAUGCUAAGCCUUUACAUGAAUUAUUGGAGUUGAUAAAGGCCCAAUUAGCAUACCAUAAAUUAGCUACAGAAUUGUUAGAUGGAAUGGUUACUGAAGUUGAAUCAUUAGCAGAUGACGGUGCCUCAGGCAAGGACUCAAAGAGUAAUGAGUUUUCCAUUUAA